AUGCAGAUUUACCCAAAGACAACGAAACCAUCGGUAUUUAACAUCACAACACGCCAACACAAUCUCUCAUUACAGCGAAUGUUUCAUUUUUAUCCACAUUUAAGAAGACUACGUGUAGUUUUCUUAGGUUGUAUAAUAAUAUGUUUAUUCUGUGUUUAUACUGGUCAAAAAUACCCUUUAUUUCCUUCGCGUAAAAGCACCGAUAAGAUAUUUCCUUCGCGUAAAACCACCGAUAAGAUAAUGUCUCCAUUUCAACACACUCUUGGAUUUAUACGUUGGAAUUCACUUCAUCCUGAACGGAUUCCUGUCCUGGAAAAGUAUCGACCGUUCUUUGCUGAAUUACAUUAUUCUAUGCCGAACUAUACAUUGAAGACAAAUCUGACAGCAGAUGGAUGGGCACCCUACAAAGAUGUGUAUAAAGUAGUAGGCGAUACGAUGAACAUUAUUUUGAGACAAUAUCCAAAUAUCAAAGGACUUUUAUAUUUCCAUUUUGAUGCAUGGUUACAUCCUUUCAGAUUUGAUGAUAUGAAUUUUCGUAAAAUUUGGUUUCCUGAUUCAGCUGUGCCGCCGUUUAAAUGUGUAACAGACACGACAGGGUGGGAAUGGUGGGCUUGGGAGAAGGGAUAUGAUCGAAUUGCUAAAAAAGCUACGAAGAAUGUUGCUAAGAGUUAUUCAAAACGGUACAUUGUACGAGACAAUGUCUUUUGUGGAGGAUGGUCUGAUAUUUAUUACAUACCAAGAGAAUUUUUUCGAGAUUAUAUCACAUUGGGAAACGUAUUCUAUGAAGCUGAUUCGUUUCAUGAAGUCGCAAUACCAACGAUGAUCAAUAUAAUCGAUUUGACAUAUCGGUUGACGCCUUAUCAUAGCGUAGUUACACGUAUUGGAGAUUGUUGGGGCGAUUGUUGUACGAACGGUGCAAAACCAGAAGAUAUCAAACGAAAGCGAUGUGGUCACCGAAUUGAUUUCACAAAAACGCACAUGAAAGAUACAUUAGUUACGAUUUUAGAGUUAGGAGCACGUUACCUUAAUAGAACUAUUCAAAAGCCUGCCUGA